GCGGAUCCGCCAUAUUGAAGAGGACCGGCCUAGAAGACUGCUGAGUCCCAACCUCCCCGCACCCCGCCCUUUAGGGGCUUUCUUGAGUCCAGCCCCUUUCAGGCUCAAACGGCUACUAGGCCUUUCGGGAGCUCGCCGCGGCUGCAGCCUCUCCCACACGGGAGGCGGCCGCCUCAACACCUGGUGUCGGUGUCGGCGUCGGGAGCAAAGAGUCGCGGUGGAAAGACCAGGCCUGGAUCUAGGAACGGUGAAACCAGCCUUGCAGUAGGACUAAAAGGUGACGCAAGACGAACGCACCACCUGGAGCUUAUCUAAACCCAGCGAGAGACCCUGCCGGAGGGGGAAAAAAUUAGGUUAUGAAAUGGUCUCUGCAAGAUGAUCUGUCCUUGAAUUUGAAAUUCUUAAGCCUGACAUAUGCUGGUACUUAUUCUCCUUUAACUAGACUAUAAUUUCUUCUGUUACAACUGCUAUAUAAAGCAGAGAAAAUAGCAAAGAUCUGUUCUGUGUCAAGUAUGACCGCCACAACUCGUGGCUCUCCAGUAGGAGGAACUGACAGCCAGGGCCAAGCCCCUGAUGGACAAUCUCAGCCCCCCUUCCAACAUAAUCAGACCUCAUCGGCCAAUUCCUCCAAUGAGAAUUCUCCGGCAUCUCCUCCAGAUGAACAAGGUCAGGGAGAUGCUCCACCACAGCAUGAAGAUGAAGAACCUGCAUUUCCACAUACUGACCUCGCAAAGUUGGAUGACAUGAUCAACAGGCCUCGAUGGGUGGUUCCAGUUUUGCCAAAAGGUGAAUUAGAAGUGCUUUUAGAAGCUGCUAUUGAUCUUAGUAAAAAAGGUCUUGAUGUUAAAAGUGAAGCAUGCCAACGUUUUUUUCGAGAUGGUCUAACAGUAUCUUUCACUAAAAUUCUUAUGGAUGAGGCAGUGAGUGGCUGGAAAUUUGAAAUUCAUAGGUGUAUUAUUAACAAUACUCAUCGUCUAGUGGAGCUUUGUGUGACCAAGUUGUCCCAGGACUGGUUUCCACUUCUAGAUCUUCUUGCCAUGGCCUUAAAUCCUCAUUGCAAAUUCCAUAUCUACAAUGGUACACGUCCGUGUGAAUCAGUUUCUACAAAUGCCCAGUUGCCUGAAGAUGAACUGUUUGCUCGUUCCUCAGAUCCUCGAUCACCAAAAGGUUGGCUAGUGGAUCUCAUCAAUAAAUUUGGCACUUUAAAUGGUUUCCAGAUUUUGCAUGAUCGUUUUAUUAAUGGAUCAGCAUUAAGCGUUCAAAUAAUUGCAGCCCUUAUUAAACCAUUUGGACAAUGCUAUGAGUUUCUUAGUCAACAUACAGUGAAGAAAUACUUUAUUCCAGUUAUAGAAAUAGUUCCACAGUUUUUAGAAAAUUUAACUGACGAAGAACUGAAAAAAGAAGCAAAGAAUGAAACAAAAAAUGAUGCCCUUUCCAUGAUUAUUAAAUCUCUGAAGAAUUUAGCUUCAAGGAUUCCAGGACAAGGAGAAACUGUAAAAAAUUUAGAAAUUUUUAGGUUGAAAAUGAUACUCAGAUUGUUGCAGAUUUCUUCUUUUAAUGGAAAGAUGAAUGCACUGAAUGAAAUUAACAAAGUGUUAUCUAGUGUAUCAUUUUAUACUCAUCGUCAUGGAAAUCCUGAAGAGGAAGAGUGGCUGACAGCUGAACGAAUGGCAGAGUGGAUACAGCAGAACAAUAUCUUAUCCAUAGUCCUGCGAGAUAGUCUUCAUCAGCCUCAGUAUGUGGAAAAGCUAGAAAAGAUUCUUCGUUUUGUGAUUAAAGAAAAAGCUCUGACAUUGCAGGAUCUUGAUAAUAUCUGGACAGCACAGGCAGGGAAACAUGAAGCUAUUGUGAAGAAUGUACAUGAUCUGCUGGCAAAAUUGGCUUGGGAUUUUUCUCCUGAACAACUUGAUCAUCUUUUUGAUUGCUUUAAGGCAAGUUGGACAAAUGCAAGUAAAAAGCAGCGUGAAAAGCUACUGGAGCUGAUUCGUCGUCUUGCAGAGGAUGAUAAAGAUGGUGUGAUGGCCCACAAAGUUUUGAACCUUCUUUGGAAUCUGGCCCAUAGUGAUGAUGUGCCUGUAGACAUCAUGGACUUAGCCCUCAGUGCCCACAUAAAAAUACUAGAUUAUAGUUGUUCCCAGGAUCGAGACACACAGAAGAUCCAGUGGAUAGAUCGCUUUAUAGAAGAACUUCGUACAAAUGACAAGUGGGUAAUUCCUGCAUUGAAACAAAUAAGAGAAAUUUGUAGUUUAUUUGGUGAAGCACCUCAAAAUUUGAGUCAAACUCAGCGAAGUCCCCAUGUAUUUUAUCGUCAUGAUUUAAUCAACCAGCUUCAGCACAAUCAUGCCUUAGUUACUUUGGUAGCAGAAAACCUUGCAACUUACAUGAAUAACAUUCGACUAUAUGCUAGAGACAAUGAAGACUAUGACCCACAAACUGUGAGGCUUGGAAGUAGGUAUAGUCACGUUCAAGAAGUCCAAGAACGGCUUAACUUCCUCAGAUUUUUAUUGAAGGAUGGCCAACUGUGGCUCUGUGCUCCUCAGGCAAAACAGAUAUGGAAGUGCUUAGCAGAGAAUGCAGUUUACCUUUGUGAUCGUGAAGCCUGUUUUAAGUGGUAUUCCAAGUUAAUGGGAGAUGAACCAGACUUAGAUCCUGAUAUUAAUAAGGACUUCUUUGAAAGUAAUGUGCUUCAGCUUGAUCCCUCCUUGUUAACUGAAAAUGGAAUGAGAUGUUUUGAACGAUUCUUCAAAGCAGUUAAUUGUCGUGAAGGGAAACUAGUAGCAAAAAGAAGAGCCUAUAUGAUGGAUGAUUUGGAACUAAUAGGAUUAGACUACCUCUGGAGGGUUGUGAUUCAGAGUAAUGAUGACAUUGCCAACAGAGCUAUAGAUCUCCUUAAAGAGAUAUACACAAACCUUGGCCCCAGGUUACAGGUCAAUCAGGUUGUUAUCCAUGAAGACUUCAUCCAGUCUUGCUUUGAUCGUUUGAAAGCGUCAUAUGAUACGUUGUGUGUUUUGGAUGGUGAUGAAGACAGUAUUAAUUGUGCAAGACAGGAAGCCAUUCGAAUGGUUCGAGUAUUAACUGUUUUAAGGGAAUACAUAAAUGAAUGUGACAGUGAUUAUCACGAGGAAAGAACAAUUCUACCUAUGUCAAGGGCAUUCCGUGGUAAACACCUCUCUCUUAUAGUUCGAUUUCCAAACCAUGGCAGACAGGUUGAUGACUUGGACAUAUGGUCUCAUACAAAUGAUACAGUUGGUUCAGUACGACGAUGUAUUCUGAACCGUAUUAAAGCAAAUGUAGCCCAUACAAAAAUUGAACUUUUUGUGGGUGGUGAGAUAAUAGAUUCCGAAGAUGACAUAAAGCUGAUAGGACAAUUAAACUUAAAAGAUAAAUCAGUAAUUACAGCUAAACUUACACAAGUAAGUUCCAACAUGCCUUCAAGCCCUGAUAGUUCUUCUGAUUCAUCAUCUGGAUCUCCUGGCAACCAUUGUAAUCACUACAGUGAUGGUCCCAAUCCAGAAGUGGAGAGUUGUUUGCCUGGCGUGAUAAUGUCACUACAUCCCAGGUACAUAGCUUUCCUCUGGCAAGUUGCUGAUUUAGGUUGCAGUCUCAAUAUGCCAUCUCUUAGAGAUGGAGCAAGAAUACUUAUGAAACUCAUGCCACCAGAUAGCACAACAGUAGAAAAAUUAAAAGCUGUUUGUUUGGACUAUGCAAAACUUGGAGAAAAUAACCUUGGAUCAUCUCUUGAUUCACUUUUCCUUGGUCCUUCUGCCUCCCGAGUGCUGUAUCUAACAGAGGUAGUUUAUGCCCUGUUGAUGCCUGCUGGUGCACAUUUGGCAGAUGAUUCCUCUGACUUUCAGUUUCACUUUUUAAAAAGUGGUGGCUUACCCCUUGUACUGAGUAUGUUAACAAGAAAUAACUUCCUGCCAAAUACAGAUAUAGAAACUCGAAGGGGUGCUUACUUCAAUGGUCUUAAGAUAGCCAAACUAUUGUUAACUGCCAUAGGCUAUGGCCAUGUUCGAGCUGUAGCAGAAGCUUGUCAGCCAGUUGUAGAGGGUGCAGAUCCUGUAACACCGAUCAACCAAGUAACUCAUGAUCAAGCAGUGGUGCUACAGAAUGCUCUUCAGAUUAUUCCUAAUCCAUCAUCUGAGUGCGUGCUUAGAAAUGUAUCUAUACGUCUUGCCCAACAAAUAUCUGAUGAGAAUACAUUAAAUAAAAAAUGUUUUCAUUUCAGAACUGUUCGUCAGUUGGCACAGGAGCAGUUUUUUUUAAUGUGCACCAGAUGUUGCAUGGGACACAGACCUCUACUUUUCUUCAUUACUCUGCUGUUUACCAUUUUGGGGAACACAGCAAGAGAGAGAGGUAAACAUUCAGGUGACUAUUUCACUCUUCUGCGACAUCUUCUUAACUACGCUUACAACAGCAAUAUUAAUGUACCCAAUGCUGAAGUUCUUCUGAACAGUGAAAUAGAUUGGCUCCAAAGGAUUAGGGAUAAUGUUAAAACCACAGGUGAAACGGGUGUUGAAGAGCCAAUCUUGGAAGGUCACCUUGGGGUAACAAAAGAGCUACUAGCCUUUCAAACGCCUGAGAAAAAGUAUCAUAUUGGUUGUGAAAAAGGAGGUGCUAAUCUCAUUAAAGAAUUAAUUGAUGAUUUCAUCUUUCCUGCUUCCAAAGUUUACUUACAAUGUAUAAGAAGUGGAGAACUGCCAGCAGAGCAGGCUAUUCCAGUCUGUAGUUCACCAGCUACUAUCAGUGCUGGUUUUGAGUUGCUUGUAGCCUUAGCUGUUGGCUGUGUAAAGAACCUCAAACAGAUAGUUGACUCUUUGACUGAAAUGUAUUACAUAGGCACAGCAAUAACUACUUGUGAAGCACUUACUGAGUGGGAAUAUCUACCACCUGUUGGACCCCGCCCAUCAAAAGGAUUUGUCGGACUUAAAAACGCUGGUGCCACUUGUUACAUGAACUCUGUGAUCCAGCAGCUCUACAUGAUUCCUUCCAUUAGGAACAGUAUUCUUGCCGUUGAAGGCACAGGUAGUGAUGUAGAUGAUGAUAUCUUUGGUGAUGAGAAGCAGGACAAUGAGAGUAAUGUUGAUCCCCGAGAUGAUGUAUUUGGAUAUCCUCAUCAGUUUGAAGACAAACCACCUUUAAGUAAGGCAGAAGAUAGGAAGGAGUACAAUAUUGCUGUUUUAAGGCACCUUCAAGUCAUCUUUGGUCAUUUAGCUGCUUCUCGACUACAAUACUAUGUGCCCAGAGGAUUUUGGAAACAGUUCAGACUUUGGGGUGAACCUGUUAAUUUACGUGAACAACAUGAUGCCUUAGAAUUUUUUAAUUCCUUAGUGGAUAGCUUAGAUGAAGCUUUAAAAGCUUUAGGACAUCCAGCUAUGCUAAGUCAAGUCUUGGGAGGUUCCUUUGCUGAUCAGAAGAUUUGUCAAGGCUGCCCCCAUAGAUACGAGUGUGAAGAAUCUUUUACAACUCUGAAUGUAGAUAUUAGAAAUCACCAAAACCUUCUUGAUUCUUUGGAGCAGUAUAUCAAAGGAGAUUUAUUGGAAGGUGCAAACGCUUAUCGAUGUGAAAAAUGUGAUAAAAAGGUUGAUACAGUAAAGCGCUUGCUAAUUAAAAAGUUGCCUCCUGUUCUUGCUAUCCAAUUGAAACGAUUUGACUAUGAUUGGGAAAGAGAGUGUGCAAUUAAAUUCAAUGAUUAUUUUGAAUUUCCACGAGAGCUGGACAUGGAACCUUACACAGUACCAGGUGUUGCGAAGCUGGAAGGAGAUAACGUAAAAACAGACAGUCAGUUGAUACAACAGAAUGAGGAGUCUGAAAGUGAGAAAACAGGAAGCACAAGAUACAGACUUGUAGGUGUGCUUGUACACAGUGGUCAAGCAAGUGGUGGACAUUAUUAUUCUUACAUCAUUCAGAGAAAUGGCAAAGAUGGUGAGAGAAAUCGCUGGUAUAAAUUUGAUGAUGGAGAUGUAACAGAAUGUAAAAUGGAUGAUGACGAAGAAAUGAAAAAUCAGUGUUUUGGUGGAGAGUACAUGGGAGAAGUAUUUGAUCAUAUGAUGAAGCACAUGUCAUACAGGAGACAGAAAAGAUGGUGGAAUGCUUAUAUACUCUUUUAUGAACGAAUGGACACAAUAGACCAAGAUGAUGAGAUGAUAAGAUACAUAUCAGAGCUAACUAUCACAAGACCCCAUCAAAUCAUGUCACCAGCCAUUGAGAGAAGUGUCCGAAAACAAAAUGUGCAGUUUAUGCAUAACCGAAUGCAGUACAGUUUAGAGUAUUUUCAGUUUGUGAAAAAACUGCUUACAUGUAAUAGUAUUUAUCUAAGCCCUGUUCCAGGACAAGAUCACUUGUUGCCUGAAGCAGAAGAAAUCAGUAUGAUUAGUAUUCAGCUUGCAGCUAGAUUCCUCUUUACCACUGGAUUUCAUACCAAGAAAAUCAUCCGUGGCCCUGCCGGUGAUUGGUACGAUGCACUGUGCAUUCUACUCCGUCAUAGCAAAAAUGUGCGUUUUUGGUUUGCUCAUAAUGUUCUUUUUAAUGUUUCAAAUCGCUUCUCUGAAUACCUUCUUGAGUGCCCUAGUGCAGAAGUGAGGGGUGCAUUUGCAAAACUUAUAGUAUUUAUUGCACAUUUUUCUUUGCAAGAUGGGCCUUGUCCUUCAUCAUUUACAUCUCCCGGGCUUUCUGGUCAGGCAUGUGAUAACUUAAGUUUGAGUGAUCACUUACUAAGAGCAGUAUUAAAUCUCCUCAGAAGGGAAGUUUCAGAGCAUGGCCGUCAUUUACAGCAAUAUUUCAAUCUGUUUGUAAUGUAUGCCAAUUUAGGUAUGGCAGAAAAGACACAGCUUUUGAAAUUGAGUGUACCUGCUACAUUCAUGCUGGUAUCUUUAGAUGAAGGACCAGGUCCUCCAAUCAAAUAUCAGUAUGCUGAAUUGGGCAAGUUAUACUCAGUAGUGUCUCAGCUGAUCCGCUGUUGCAAUGUCUCAUCAAGAAUGCAGUCUUCAAUCAAUGGUAAUCCCCCUCUUCCCAAUCCUUUUGGUGAUCCUAAUUUAUCACAGCCUAUAAUGCCAAUUCAGCAGAAUGUGGCAGACCUUUUAUUUGUGAGAACAAGUUAUGUGAAGAAAAUUAUUGAAGACUGCAGUAACUCAGAGGAAACCAUCAAAUUGCUUCGUUUUUGCUGCUGGGAGAAUCCUCAGUUCUCAUCCACUGUCCUCAGCGAACUUCUCUGGCAGGUUGCAUAUUCAUACACUUACGAACUUCGGCCAUACUUGGAUUUACUUUUGCAGAUUUUACUUAUUGAAGAUUCUUGGCAGACUCACAGAAUUCAUAAUGCACUUAAAGGAAUCCCAGAUGAUCGAGAUGGUUUGUUUGAUACAAUCCAGCGCUCUAAGAAUCACUAUCAAAAAAGAGCAUACCAAUGUAUAAAAUGCAUGGUAGCACUCUUUAGCAAUUGUCCCAUUGCUUACCAAAUAUUACAGGGUAAUGGAGAUCUUAAAAGAAAGUGGACCUGGGCAGUGGAAUGGCUUGGAGAUGAACUUGAAAGAAGACCAUACACUGGCAAUCCUCAAUAUGCUUAUAAUAAUUGGUCUCCUCCAGUGCAAAGCAAUGAAACAUCAAAUGGUUAUUUCUUAGAAAGAUCACAUAGUGCGAGGAUGACACUUGCAAAAGCUUGUGAACUCUGUCCAGAGGAGGAGCCAGAUGACCAAGAUGCCCCAGAUGAGCAUGAGUCAUCUCUACCAGAAGAUACUCCAUUAUAUCCUCAUCCAUCUGGAUCUCACUGUCAGCAGAAUAAUCAUGUGCAUGGACAGCCAUAUACAGGGCCAGCAGCACAUCACUUGAACAACCAUCAAAAAACUGGCCAGCGCACACAAGAAAAUUAUGAAGGCAAUGAAGAAGUACCCUCAUCUCAAAUGAAGGAUCAGUAAAAUGCCUAUCAUUAACUGCUUCCUUUAAGACCAUGCACUCAGGCCUUAUUAUCCAAACUUUUUCUGUGUCUGGCUAUUUAUUCCAAACUAGAGAAGCUGUUCAAUAUGGAGCGGAGAUUGUAUUCACUGUCAUUUGCAGAAAUUUUCCGUCAAUAUAUAUAAGCCACCUGCAGGGGAAAGUGUAUAGUGUUUUGUAUUAAAUGGCUGACACUAAUCUGUAAAUGGCAAAGAUGUAUAUAGUAUAUUAAUGUUUGACUGUUAAUUCUUAACCAAGAAAAUUUUGUUUUGAUGAAGAGUUAAAGAUCUACAAAAAAAUAAUUUUCUUGUUACGUCUGCUGCAUUCUGCAUCCAGUAUUGUCUGCUUCAUGGCAGUUGGAUCAAAUUCUUUACCAAAAAAAAAAAGAAGAAAAACAAAAACAUUCUAUAAAACAGCCCAUCCGUUAUCAAUCACAUCCCAUUGGUUUCUUGUUAAUUCUUAGUUACUAGAGCUAUAUAAGGCUGAUUGGUAACCUUUGAAAUAUGUGGAUGAUGUGGAAAAAUUGGUGAUGUAACAUUGUUUCUGGAUAUUUCUCAUUACCUUUUUAUUCUGGUUAAUUCAGUUUAAAGCUAUAGUUAUGCUUUAACAUUAGCAUGGCCUCACACUAAGUUUGUGUAGCCAAUAAAAAGUAAAAUUACCAGUAUACAGCAGUUUCUCCAAAGUGACAGUUGUGUUACCCAGAGGUUUUGUUACACCUAGAGUAAAUAUAAAACAAGAGGAGAAAUGUGACAAACCAGAGGUUUUUAGUUAACUCAUUUAUUCAUCGUGUUUAAAGUUUGACAGUUCAGUCUCUGGAUGGGAUAAACAAUGUGAAAGUAUUGAUAAUAGGAAUUUUAAAACAAAUAUACAGAUACGCAAAUAUGCCAGAAUGUAUGGAGCGUAAUAGACGACUGUAUUUUGUGUGCUUGUUUUGUUUUAUGAUAGAGUUUAUAAGGUGAAACUUCUAAAGAAGUCCACUCAAUUGGAAUCAUCAGAAAUCCACAAUAUUUUGAAGUACUAUUGCACCUAGAUACCUGGCUGGUUUUCUGGUCAGUCACAGUUUUACUUGAAAGCAAGAAUUGUCCCAGUUCUUUUUCCAUUCCAAAAUUCUUAUUGUUGUGGGGUUUAAUUAAAGCAUAAACUUCUGGUUAAUAUAAUUCUGAAAUACUAUUUAGAAUAAACAUUUGUUUCAGGAUUCUUCAAAACUCAUGAGUUAAUACUAUAUUUAAAAAAGAAUUGGUAACUUUGGAAUGUGUGUAAUAUUUUGGAACCGCCUAAAAACCAAAUAUUCCUGCAAACAGAUACGGCGUGUCCUAUACUGUUUAAAUAUUUUGCUGUUUUGUUUUAUAGAAAUUAUUUUGCUGAAUUCACAAAUAGAAUUUGAUUUAAGAAGAA